UGUUAAGGCGACGCGGCGCAGUUCACGACGCGAUGACGUCACGACGCCGACACGACUUAGAAACUUGCUUUAGUACGCAUCGGCGGUGGGAGACAGAAAAGCCCUUCUGUAUAACGUGUGUGGUGUCGAAGUGUGAUCCAGCCUUUAUGUCAGAGCCUGAAGAAUAACUGCAGCGAAACAAAGCGCGUUACUGUAAUGUGAGAGACGAGCUUGUGGAAGUGAAGCAUGAAGCGGAAGCGACAGAGACGAGCUGAAGCGAGGAAAAGACACUGCGCUGUAAACAGUCCAGCGGACAAGCCCAGGGCUCACAUUUACAUCGAGAUCACUGAUCAGCUCUAUUUCGCUGUCCUCAGUCAGAAGAUCAGGAGCACUCCUGAAAGACACUGUUUCUGCAUAGAUGAAGAGUUGUCCUAUGAGAACUUUUAUGCAGACUUUGGUCCCCUCAACCUGGCUAUGUUUUAUCGUUUCUGUUGCAAACUCACCAAGAAGCUCAAGUCUUUGGCACAUUCCAGAAAGACAAUUGUGUUCUAUACCUGUGGGGACAAAAAGAAACAAGCAAAUGCUGCUUAUUUAAUAGGAUCGUAUGCUGUGAUGCAUCUCCAGAAAACACCAGAGGAAACUUAUAGUCUUCUAGUCUCCAGAAAUGCCACAUAUCUUCCUUUCCGAGAUGCUUCAUUUGGAAUUUGCAUGUACAACCUGAAUAUCCUUGAUUGUUUACAUGCAGUGCAUAAGGCUCUGCAGUUUGGCUGGCUUGAUUUCUCCAACUUUGAUGUGGAGGAAUAUGAGCAUUAUGAGAGGGCUGAAAACGGGGACUUCAACUGGAUUAUUCCAGGAAAGUUUUUGGCUUUUAGUGGUCCACAUCCGAAGAGCAAAAUUGAGAAUGGUUAUCCUCUUCAUGCUCCUGAAGCCUACUUCCCAUAUUUCAGGAAGCACAACAUCACCACAGUCAUACGACUGAACAAAAAAAUGUACGAUGCCAAGCGGUUCACAGAUAUGGGAUUCGAUCACCAUGACCUGUUCUUUGUUGAUGGGAGCACACCUAAUGAUGCCAUAGUCGCCAAGUUCAUGAACAUUUGUGAAAAUGCUGAUGGUGCCAUAGCUGUUCACUGUAAAGCUGGCCUGGGUCGCACUGGAACUCUAAUAGCCUGCUACCUGAUGAAACACUUUAGACUGACUGCAGCCGAGGCCAUCGCCUGGAUCAGAAUCUGCCGGCCAGGCUCAGUGAUUGGACCUCAGCAGAACUUUGUUGAGGAUCAGCAGUCCAGUCUCUGGGUGGAGGGUGAUCUGUAUCGGCAGGAGCAAUGUGAACAGGAAAAUGGUGUAAACAAAACAGCCAUUACAGGAAUUUUGUCAGGAGUAGAUGACAUUUCCAUCAAUGGGAAAAAUAAGAACAGUGCAGCAAGAAAAGCUGAUAUGUAUAAUGAUGGAGAAGAGGAGCACAACGGCCUAACUCAGGGUGACAAACUGAGGGCGUUGAAGAGCAAACGGCAGUCCAGAGCUUCCACAGGUUCUUUAUCGGUCAUUCUGCAAUCAAGUGCACAGAGUUGUAAAUCUGUAACAUCUCAAAGUCCCUCUGAUAAUGAGGAUGCCAGAAAACGAACAAGAACCACGCUAAGCUCCAACAGAGAGAGCAGCCUGUUGUUAUUACAUUCCAGACUUGCACGGUCUUUAGGCAAUUUGCCUGUAAUGGCCAAUGAUAAGAAGUAUGAGUUGUGUGCCGUUAACUCAAUGGCUACAGAUAGACUGAGCAAGAAAUCAAACAUAAAGCACAUAAUCCCAAUAAGCAGCGAUUCUUCUAUUCCUUCCUCAACUGAGUCAUUUGUUCACAGCCUGAGUAUCAACGUAAAGAACUGUGUCCAGAGGAAGGAAAAAGCUGCACUCUUUGCAAUCAUUGCGCUUUACAAGACUAUGUCCUGCAGUACCUAAAGCUAGAACACCGCUGCUGCGUUAAAUGGAUCAUUUAGGAAAUCCUGGAUUUCUUUUUUUAAUUUUUUUUUAUUAUUACUGUAUCAAAACAGCCUACUCUGAUGAAAAACUUUUAUUUUGCCAAGCUUCCAUAAUUUUAUCUACAAAAGACAUUUUAUGUCUGAAAUUAUGGGGGAUUUGUAAUUUUAUGUGAUUUUAAUUUUAAUUUUUUUCAUGAAUCAUGAGCCAAUGUCCAGAAUGUAGCCUUGUCAUUAGUACAAUUUCUUACUAAUAUUUCUGCAGCUUGGUUACCUCUGUGCCCUGAUAAAUCUGAAAGCUAUAGUGAGAAACUUUCAUUUAACAAUCUUUGUUUCACAGUUGAAUGCUGUGUAUGUGUAAAAAAUUUGAUAGUUCUGAAAGACUUGUUGUACAUUUAUACUUGUAAAUACUGUAAUAACCUUUGGUUUAUUCAUGUUCAAUUAUAUUUUAUAUUUCUUAGAGUAUCUCAUGUUUUAUCUCAUUUAUAUUUUCUGUUCUAUAAAGCUUGGUUUGUAAAUGA